UGACGUAUGAGCGGCGGCGGGGCGGGGGGAGGAGGCCUCGGCGGCGGCGGGGCCGGAAAUGGUCCAGUUGUUGCUGUGCAGCUGGAUGUUGCUGAAUAACAUUUCUAUGAGCUUGCUGUUCAGUCUGCCUGUUGUUCAGGAUGGCGAAGAACCCUAAUUUCCCAGAGGCGGGCAAUCUGCCUACGGGCUACGCGCACUGCAGGUCUUCAGACAGCUUCGCUGGCUACCAGUACCACCAUCCCUCCAAGAUGAGUAACAGCCACCCGCUUCGUCCGUACACGGCUGUGGGGGAGAUCGACCACGUCCACAUUCUGUCCGAGCACAUUGGUGCCCUGAUGAACGGGGAGGAAUACAGUGACGUUACCUUUAUUGUGGAAAAGAAACGUUUUCCGGCACACAGAGUCAUCCUGGCUGCUAGAUGCCAUUAUUUCAGAGCAUUAUUGUAUGGAGGAAUGAGAGAAUCUCAGCCUGAAGCAGAAAUUCCUCUGCAGGACACCACUGCAGAAGCAUUUACCAUGCUGUUGAAAUACAUUUACACUGGUCGUGCUACGCUGCGAGAUGAGAAAGAAGAGGUUCUUCUUGACUUCUUAAGCCUGGCACAUAAAUAUGGAUUCCCAGAACUGGAGGAUUCCACAUCUGAGUAUCUUUGCACAAUACUCAAUAUUCAGAAUGUCUGUAUGACUUUUGAUGUUGCCAGUCUUUAUUCUCUUCCCAAAUUAACUUUUAUGUGCUGUAUGUUCAUGGAUAGAAAUGCUCAAGAGGUGCUCUCCAGCGAAGGCUUCCUGUCACUUUCUAAGGCUGCUCUUCUAAGUAUUGUACUGAGAGACUCAUUUGCAGCUCCUGAAAAGGAUAUUUUCCAAGCUUUGAUGAACUGGUGUAAACAUAACCCCAAGGAAAACCAUGCUGAAAUCAUGCAAGCAGUACGUUUGCCACUAAUGAGUCUGACAGAGCUACUGAAUGUUGUAAGACCUUCUGGAUUGUUGUCACCUGAUGCCAUCCUAGAUGCCAUUAAGAUUCGUUCUGAGAGUCGGGACAUGGACCUCAACUACAGGGGCAUGUUAAUACCAGGGGAGAAUAUUGCAACAAUGAAGUAUGGAGCACAAGUUGUAAAAGGCGAGCUGAAGUCUGCUCUGUUGGAUGGAGACACUCAGAACUAUGACCUGGAUCAUGGGUUCUCUCGACACCCCAUCAACGACGACUGCCGCUCCGGCAUUGAGAUUAAACUGGGCCAGCCCUCCAUAAUCAACCACAUACGAAUUCUCCUGUGGGACAGAGACAGUCGGUCUUACUCCUACUACAUUGAGGUGUCCAUGGAUGAGUUGGACUGGAUUCGGGUUAUUGAUCACUCUAAGUACCUCUGUCGGUCCUGGCAGAACCUGUAUUUUCCUGCCCGAGUCUGCAGGUACAUUCGAAUUGUUGGAACCCACAACACAGUGAACAAAGUUUUCCAUAUUGUGGCAUUUGAAUGCAUGUUCACAAACAAAUCCUUUACUCUGGAGAAAGGUCUGAUAGUUCCCACCGAAAAUGUUGCAACAAUUGCUGACUGUGCCAGUGUGAUUGAGGGUGUAAGUCGCAGUCGCAAUGCCUUGUUGAACGGAGACACAAAGAACUACGACUGGGAUUCUGGGUACACGUGCCACCAGCUUGGGAGCGGAGCCAUUGUGGUGCAGCUGGCACAGCCCUACAUGAUCGGAUCAAUACGGUUGCUACUUUGGGAUUGUGAUGAUCGGAGCUACAGCUACUACAUUGAGGUUUCAACAAAUCAGCAGCAGUGGACCAUGGUGGUGGAUCGCACAAAAAUUUCCUGCAAAUCCUGGCAAACAAUCACUUUUGAUAAACAGCCUGCAUCUUUUAUCAGAAUAGUUGGAACUCGCAACACAGCUAAUGAGGCUCUUCAAGAACAAGUAGAAGUGUUUCACUGUGUGCAUUUUGAGUGCCCAGCACAAAACAGUACCCACAAGGACGAGAGUAGUAAGGAAGUAGCAACAACAGAGGUGGGGACUGGUGGACAGUAGUUUGUGUCUUGCCCUGUUGGAGCUGCGAGCAUCUGCUUCCCUGCGUUCCCCUCCUGGAUCCACCUCGCAUCCUCAUGUUCACCAACGUAAAGGAGGUUGAACGGGAGCUUUUGCAGCCCCACUGACAUUCUAUGAAAUUAUUCAGAACCUUCUUGUGCUGGCGCCUUUUCUUUCUUUGGGAAUGAAGGGGACCAUGUCUCAAAGCUGGAAGUAUUGAAAUUGUAAAGGCUUUCUCCCAAGGACAUGAAGAGACUGUUGCACUGUCCUCGAUAUGUUCAAAUCAGGCUGGUCUCCAAGGGGGGAGAAAAUAGGUCUUCAAUCUUCAUCAAGUACCCCAUUAACACCCUACCUCUCUAAUCUAACCAAGGCAAGGAAAACAGAAGGGAAUAAAAGGCAGAGUUACAGUGGAAAUCUAAAAUUACUCAAGCAGAAUGGAAAGCAUAUGAAAUAAGUAUUUGUUCCCUAGAGGCUUUUCUUAGCAAAAAAAUGUUUAUGGAACACAUCAGUCCAGAAUAUGUUUUAUUUUUAAAGUGAUUCUUCAUCCGUAUUCCUUUGUAACUAGUAAUCUGUUUUCUAAAUCAUUUUGAUUCUGUAUUCCACUUAGUUUCUUAUUUUUGACUAUAGCAAAUGCUGUACAGUAGAUUAAGGAAGUAUCAGACAUGUUUACCUGCUGAGAUGCAAAUUCUCUCAUUCAUCAGUGGGAUGAUAAGAAAAGCAUUCAUAAUAUUAACAAACUAAUUAAUGUAUCUAUAUUAAUCUUGACCUUAGUUGACUUUUCAAAGUACAAAUUCAAAGGAAGUUUCUAAAUCAAACAUCCAUCUUGAAGAAAAUUGUAUUUUUUCACUCCUGAAGAUGAUUAUUUAAAUUCUGCCUGCCUAAGACAACUUGCAACACAACAUCAAAAAUGUUUGGUUUAGAAAAGUGGAACUCCAUCUGGUCACUGACAAGCAGUUGUUCAAAUAACAAAAGACGAAUUUGCAGAUAAUUUACAUUUUUCCAAGAAGAGUUGUUUUACAGUCUGGAGCUAAAAAUUCAAAGGCUGUGUAUGCAUUAACCUUUCUCGUCAUCUUCAUGAAACGUGACGCUUUUGCACUGUAUUGUAAAAGAUCUGGUUCUUACUUUCCAGUCACAGAAUUCAUUAUCCAUCCAUAUCUGUCUGGAUUACAUUGCCUGCUACUUUGUUUAUUCUGUUUUCACACUGAUGAUGAUGUAAUCUCUUACUCUCCAGAUCUGCAUGACUUUUAGGAAGAGCUCCAUGCCAGCCUUUCCAUAUGGUAUAAAGAGAUCUUGUAUUAAGACAAAUGCUGGUGUAAUUGGCAAAAUUGAUUAGGAUGCUUGCUCCUCCUCACAAAGUACAUUAUAUUGGAAAUGUCAGCUAACCAGUUUUAUGAACUUGGAAUUUCCUGUGGUGAUAAAUAACCUUGCCAGAAGAAAACAAAGCUAGUGCAGGAUAAAUACGGUUUUCUAUUAUAUAACCAUAGUGAUAAAAUGAGUUAUAUCAACAUAGCAAAUUGUAUCUUAAUUUAUCACACUGCUUAAUUUGAAAUAAUUUCCCUGUUGGGUACUAGUUGUGCUAAACCCAAGAAGAAAUAUAAUCAGUGGUAGCAAUGAAUCAGAGGAUAUUUCAAAUAAGAAAAGCAUCCCUUUUCUUUCAAAUAAAAUUGAUUAGGCUUUAUCAAUAAUAAUAUAGUAUUUUUCAUUGCCAAAUUACAAGUUAAUUCUGACAUUUGCAUGCAGUUCCCUCCCUUCCCACUGCUCUGAAUGUGAAUGUCUG